AAAACCCAAACGUCUUUUGUGUCGGUCUUCGCUCCACAAAAUUUUCCCCCCAAAAAAUAAAAAAAAAAAACCCUAAUUUCUUCCACUGGUUUUUGAUUUGUGUGAACAAUUACUUCAAUCGGUUUGUUCCUCCUCUUCUUCAAGAGUAUGAUUGAAGUUAUUUGUGUCCUUAUUGCCGUCUACAGCUCCCGCCGGUUGUUUGUUGAUUCCGGUUGUGUACCACCGUCUCCGACGUGCUCUUCCGAUUAUAUUUCAAGUUUCGAUGGCAGAGGUUGUGUUUGAUGAUAUCCUUGAGAAGAUAUUCUUUAGAUUGGCUGUGAGAGAUAUUAUACAGUGCAAGAGCGUUUGUAAGUCGUGGUAUUCUGUCAUCUCCAGUUCUCGUUUUGUUGACUUCCAUCUGAAACAUAAUAAUGCCGUUGGACGUACGAGGAUCAUUAUAAAAGAGGAUCCGAAAAAUAUUCUGGUUGGUUCUUCCAAUGGUCUUGUAUGUAUAUAUAAUUCCGAUCAUACUAAACUUUGUGUACUCAAUCCCUGUACUAGAGAGCGGAAAUUCGUGAAACACCCCUACUUCCGCAAUUAUCAUUUUGAUUUCAAACCAAAUCUUUAUGGUUUUGGUUAUGAUUCAUCCUCAGAUGAUUACAAGGUUAUUCUAGGCAGAUAUGCGGAGAAUGUUACACAUUUUUAUCUGUUAUCUUUGAAAUCAAAUGAUCAUGGUACGAAAUCUUGUAAAGGAAUGUUGAGGUGUGUUCUUGGUAUAAAGUCUGCUGGUAUCUUAUGCAAUGGGGCACUUCACUGGCUGAUGUGUGAUCAAAAUCACAAUACAGUAAUACUUUCUUUUCAUUUAUCUAAAGGGGAAUUUAAAGAAAUUCCAACACCAGCUCAUGACAAACGUGACACUUGGCAAACCCGGCUGGGGAUUAUUGAAGAAUGUUUAUUAUUUAGUUAUUACAAACAUGACCAUCCCAAAUGGGUUAUGAAAAAUUACAAUGACAAACAGUCUUGGGAAUUGUUGUCGCCUCUUCUCCAAUGGGAUGAAGAUAUUAUACAAGACGUGAAAGUAUUAGAGCUGGAGUCUUAUAAUAAAGCUAAGUCCUUCUUCCAUUAUAAUCUGAGUUUUUCCCAGACUUUUAAUUAUAUUAGUGCCCCUGUAUUUGUGCAGAGCCUUGUAUCUCCCCAUUUUCAUUUUAACAAGAAACAAAAAAGAAAGAGGAAGAGGAUUUUUAUGCCGGGAGGGGAUGGGGAGAAAUAGGCAGGCAUCCUUGCAAGUGGGAAGGAAUAGGCGCCUAGGUGGGGAGUGGGUAAGAGUAGGCAUGCAUUAUGAUGCCUUUUCUUCUAAUAUUGAUCCCAAAGUUAAUUAAGGAAGAUCCGCCAAUUCGUGCAAAGAAGGCAACAGUUUAAUGUUAUAGAAUUGUUCAAGGAUCAAGUCACCAAGAGAUAUUAGCUUAAGUACUUGGCUUUUUUCUGCAGGAGUAAGAAAAGUUGUGAUGCUUUUAUUUGCUGGACAUUUUUAGGCCCUAUCUUCCUAUCGUAUCUUGUUUAAUUUUGUUGUUUCAGAACAACUUUAAUUUGAUGUACUUCAUUCGCUUGUGUUUGAUGGAUUUCAGUCGAUCGUUUGUGAUUCAUGGUCUAAA